AUGGCAGUGCCCUUUGUGGAAGACUGGGACUUGGUGCAAACCCUGGGAGAAGGUGCCUAUGGAGAAGUUCAACUUGCUGUGAAUAGAAGAACUGAAGAAGCAGUUGCAGUCAAGAUUGUAGACAUGAAACGUGCCAUAGACUGUCCAGAAAAUAUUAAGAAGGAGAUCUGUAUCAAUAAAAUGUUAAAUCAUGAGAAUGUAGUGAAAUUCUAUGGCCACAGGAGAGAAGGCAAUAUCCAGUAUCUAUUUCUGGAGUACUGUAGUGGAGGAGAACUUUUUGACAGAAUAGAGCCAGACAUAGGCAUGCCUGAACAAGAUGCUCAAAGGUUCUUCCAUCAACUCAUGGCAGGGGUGGUUUAUCUACAUGGUAUUGGGAUAACUCACAGGGAUAUUAAGCCAGAAAAUCUCCUAUUGGAUGAAAGGGAUAACCUCAAGAUCUCUGACUUUGGCUUGGCAACAGUGUUUCGGCAUAAUAAUCGUGAGCGUUUAUUGAACAAGAUGUGUGGCACUUUACCUUAUGUUGCUCCAGAACUUCUAAAGAGAAAAGAAUUUCAUGCAGAACCAGUUGAUGUUUGGUCCUGUGGAAUAGUACUUACAGCAAUGUUGGCUGGAGAAUUGCCAUGGGACCAGCCCAGUGACAGUUGUCAGGAAUAUUCUGAUUGGAAAGAAAAAAAAACAUACCUCAACCCUUGGAAAAAAAUUGAUUCUGCUCCUCUAGCUUUGCUGCAUAAAAUCCUAGUUGAGAAUCCAUCAGUAAGGAUUACCAUUCCAGACAUCAAAAAAGAUAGAUGGUACAACAAACCUCUCAAGAAAGGGGCAAAGAGGCCCCGAGUCACUUCAGGUGGUAUAUCAGAGUCUCCUAGUGGAUUUUCUAAGCACAUUCAAUCCAAUUUGGACUUCUCUCCAGUGAACAGUGCUUCUAGUGAAGAAAAUGUGAAGUACUCCAGUUCCCAACCAGAACCACGGACAGGUCUUUCCUUAUGGGACACCAGUCCUUCAUAUAUUGAUAAACUGGUACAAGGGAUCAGUUUUUCCCAGCCCACAUGUCCUGAUCAUAUGCUCCUGAAUAGUCAGUUACUUGGCACCCCAGGAUCCUCACAGAACCCUUGGCAGCGCUUGGUUAAAAGAAUGACACGGUUUUUUACCAAAUUGGAUGCAGACAAAUCUUACCAAUGCCUGAAAGAGACUUGUGAGAAACUGGGCUAUCAAUGGAAAAAGAGCUGUAUGAAUCAGGUUACUGUAUCAACAACUGAUAGGAGAAACAAUAAACUGAUUUUCAAAGUGAAUUUGGUAGAAAUGGAUGAGAAGAUCUUGGUUGACUUUCGGCUAUCUAAGGGUGACGGAUUGGAAUUCAAGAGACACUUCCUGAAGAUUAAAGGGAAACUGAGUGAUGUUGUGAGUAGCCAGAAGGUUUGGCUUCCUGCCACAUGA